AUGUAGACAACUGGACCUACACCUGCACCGUCUACAGCAGGGAGGGAAACAUCCUGCUGAAGAAACAAGUGGAGCUGAAAGUCAGAGUCUGUCAGGUGGAGGUGGAGGAGGGGGCGGAGUCUGUCCAACUGCCCUGCAAAACAACAGAAAACCUGCCUGAAGAUAGUAGAGUGGAGUGGGAGCGCAUUGAACCUGGACUCAUGAUGGUCCACGUGUACGAGAACGGCUCUCACCAGCCUCACAGUCAGGACCAGGUUUACAGAGACCGAACGAAGAUGAAUGAAGACCUGCUGAAAACUGGAGACCUCAGUCUGACCCUGCAACACCCCACAGAGAGAGACAGUGGAGAAUACAGAUGUGACGUCACGAGGAAUGGCGUGAUUAGAAGGAAAAAAGUGCACCUCACAGUCAAAGUCUGUCAGGUGGAGGUGGAGGAGGGGGCGGAGUCUGUCCAACUGCCCUGCAAAACAACAGAAAACCUGCCUGAAGAUAGUAGAGUGGAGUGGGAGCGCAUUGAACCUGGAUUCAUGAUGGUCCACGUGUACGAGAACGGCUCUGACCAGCCUGAAGAACAGCACCAGGAUUACAGAGACCGAACGAAGAUGAAUGAAGACCUGCUGAAAACUGGAGACCUCAGUCUGACCCUGAAAUACCCUACAGAGAGAGACAGUGGAAAAUACAAAUGUGACGUCACGAGGAAUGGCGUGAUUAGAAGCGAAAAAGUGAAGCUCACAGUCAGAGGGAGAGUUCAGGUCCAGGAUCAAACAAGGGACAUCAGUAACAGAAGCAGCUCCAUUGAUCUGACUUCUCAGAUGGCUGAUCAAUCAGUUUGA